AUUUCGUUGCUCAGUUUGUAGCGAGUGGUUCAGUAGAGGUUUCCCAGCGCACGAACCAGUAGUAUUGUAAGGUACAAGUUUGCAUUUUUUUCUCCCAGCGGAUUUUUAUUUCUUCUCUCUAGGGUUCGCAAAGGUCCAAGAAUCAGCGACUUAAAAAGAAUCGUUGCCUAUUUGUAUUGGAGAUCAGAAGAUGUCUAGUGGGCUUGGGCUUGAGAAUCUUGUUGACCAAACAAUUUCAGUGAUCACAAAUGAUGGGCGAAAUAUAGUGGGAAUCCUGAAAGGUUUUGACCAAGCUACUAAUAUAAUUCUUGAUGAGUCUCACGAACGGGUGUAUUCCACGAAGGAAGGUGUACAACAACUUGUGCUCGGCCUCUACAUCAUAAGGGGCGACAACAUAAGCAUUGUUGGAGAAAUAGACGAAGAGCUAGAUGCUAGCUUGGACUUGUCACUACUGAGAGCUCAUCCUCUGAAGCCAGUUAUACAUUGAUUUGUAACAUGACAGUAUCUAAAGAUUGCUUAGGUAGGAAUCUAGAAAACACACCCAAAACGCAGGGGAUUGUGGCGUGGGAUGAAAAGGAGAGUUGUGAAACAUUCUGAGGAAAAGAUAGAUGUGAAUGGAGUUUUGCAGUUUGGAACUAGCAUGUACCUUUUGUAAGGAUCUGAAAAUUAUUGUUUUGAUUUUGCAAACCCUGUUCUAUAGUUUGUGUUUUCUACUUUCAGUUGACGAAUACUGGAAAACUGAUAUCUGGAAAAAGGUUUGAAUUUUUAUCA